AUGGAUGAGAAACUAGGCAUGAUGGUGUUUCUCCAGGAAGUUGGACAGCAUGCGAGAAUGACCGUUAUCAGCGGACUGCCCGAUCGGGAUACACGUCGCGUGCUUGCCGGUCAGGUGACCAGCGAUGCUCUCCCCGAACGGAAAGGGCAGCCGAUCCGAGGUUGUGAUCGUGCACUGCGCUGUAUAUAUACGACAUGCGAUGAUAUCCAGCACAUCUCACAUCUACAACCAUGGACAGCGGGUGUAGUCGAAAUGGCUGCCUCGACGCGCUUUUCGAUCCUGAUCAUCAAUCCCAACACCUCCACCCACAUGACCGAUGCGCUCAAACCCAUUGUCGAGAACCUGCACUAUCCCGAUGUCCACUUCGACUACUUCACCGCGCCUGCCACGCCCGUCACCCUGCCAGACGGCCGCGUCGUCGACGGCAUCCCGAGCAUCAACUCGGGCGACGACGCGGCCAGAUCGGCGCUGCACUGCCGGCCCUUCGUCGAGCCCCUCAUCCCCAAGUACGACGGCUUCCUCGUGGCCUGCUACUCGGCGCACCCGCUGGUCGGGAUGCUAAGGCACACCAUCCAGGUGCUGGAGGCCAAGGCCCGGCAGGAUGGGUCAACGUCCCUCCUCGGAUCGCUGCGAAGACGGAAAUACGUGACGGGCAUCUUCGAGGCCAGCGUCAGCGCGUCUCUGAUGCUGAUCGGCGCCUUCCGGCUGCUGGAUGACUGGAAUCUCCACCACAAGGUCCAGGCGCCCGACACGUUUGGCAUCGUCACGACGGGCAGUGUCUGGAAACCGGAGCUCACCAAGGCGGUCACGGAGAUGAUCGCUGGGCCUGCGGAGAAGCAAGGGCAGAGUGCCAGUGCGACGACUCGAUUUGCGGGCGUCGAAACGACCGGUCUAACAGCCGGCGAGCUGCAUGACACGCCUCCCGACGAGGUCAGGAGGAGGAUCAGCGACGCGACCGAGAGGCUUCUCAAGGGCAGUUCUUCUCCGGUGGGCGCCGUCUGCAUGGGCUGUGCGGGGAUGGCCGGCAUGGAGCAGGCGGUGCGAGAGGGCUGCAUCAAGGCUUACGGCGAGGUGGAGGGGCACAAUGUCCACAUUGUCGACGGCGUCGUCGCAGGCAUUGGGUUGCUGGUGAAUGCGUGCAAGGCGGGCUUCUAG